CCGCGCGCGGCCCGGGGCGGGGCUCGCCGCCAGGCUCGUCCUCCGCGCGCGGCCUGGUGUCGGCGGCCACUCUAGCCAGCACAAGAUGUCCCUAGAACAAGAGGAGGAAACGCAACACGGGCUGCUCCUAGGAUGCAGCGACGCCGUCCCCGCCUUCAUUGAGCCCAACGUGCGCUUCUGGAUCACCGUGCGCCAAUCCUUUAUUCGACGAUUUCUUCAAUGGACAGAAUUAUUAGAUCCUACAAAUGUGUUCAUUUCAGUUGAAAGUAUAGAAAACUCGAGGCAACUAUUGUGCACAAAUGAAGAUGCUUCCAACCCCGCCUCGGGGGACCAAAGGAUACAAGAAGCUUGGAAGCGAAGUCUUGCCACAGUGCAUCCUGACAGCAGCAACCUGAUCCCCAAGCUUUUUCGACCUGCGGCGUUCCUGCCUUUCAUGGCGCCCACGGUAUUUUUGUCAAUGUUGCCACCAAAAGGGAUCAAGUCCGUGAUUUUACCUCAGGUUUUCCUCUAUACCUACAUGACAGUGUUCAACAGCAUCAAUGGAAACAGAAGUUAUACUUGUAAACCACUAGAAAGAUCAUUACUAAUGGCGGGAACUGUUGCUUCUUCAACCUUCUUAGGAGUAGUACCUCACUUUAUCCAGAUGAAGUAUGGCCUGGCUAACCCUUGGAUUAAAAGACUCUUACCUGUGGUCUUCCUCGUGCAAGCCAGUGGAAUGAAUGUCUACAUGUCCCGAAAUAUUGAAUCCAUUAAGGGGAUUGCGGUCAUGGACAAGGAAGGCAACAUCCUGGGCCAUUCCAUAAUUGCUGGGACAAAGGCUGUUAGAGAAACGGCAGCAUCCAGGGCAGUGCUGUUUGGGACCUCUGCUCUGAUUCCUGAAAUCUUCACCUACUUUUUUAAAAGGACCCAGUUUUUCCUGAGAAACCCAGGGUCGUUGUGGAUCCUGAAACUGUCUUGUACUUUCCUGACAAUGGCACUGAUGGUGCCAGUUUCUUUUAGUAUAUUUCCACAGAUUGGACAGAUACAGUGCCGUAGUCAUGAAGAGAAAAUUCAGCCUUCAACAGAAGAAACAGAAAUCUUUUAUCACAGAGGGGUGUAGGCAUGAGUUUCAGGUGAAUUUAUGUGCUUCCCGCUUGAAAACCUUCACCUCUCCAGGUUCGGUUUAGAGAACUCUGCCAGAGGUCUUCUGGGGACCCCAGAGGUGUCUGUGCUGACAAGGUGACUUAAAGUUCCACACUGAGAUCACUCCCAGGCUGGCAUGUCUGGGGUUUUUAAGGCUGGCUGGAGAAGACAGUGGGAGGGUGCCCCGUCUGACAUCCCUGGGGUUGCUAAGAAGAUGGUUGGAGUGGGGAUCGGCCUGCGAAAGGAUACUAUGAAAUCACUAAUUACCUAAUAAACCUGUCUCAAGUUGAGUAUUUGAAGAAAGAA